AUGCGAGCACAGCAGAAAAAGACUCAGGAACAGGUGGAAGCCCUAGCACGAGAAGACGAUGAAGAUCCGUCAAGUCCCACUGACGGAACAACCCCCCGUCCUGCGCACUUCAGGCGACUUACCACCAAGAGCUCGAACGGGAUGAAUCGUCGCCUCGACGAGGUCGAUUCGAAAGUUCAUCGCGCCACCAGCUCAGCUCCGGAAUUGACGAAAGCACUCGCCGACACCCGAAGAAGCCCGCUCACCCGCAGGCUCCGCCAGAUUGAGCUACACGAAAGAGUUCGACUCAAAAUCGACUCUUACACCGGCGAAGAAGACCCCAAGAAGUGGCUAACCGCGUUCAACCUCGCCAUGAGGAGGGAGAAAUACAAAUCUUACGAUGAAAGGGAGGCCAACUACUGUCAAGUAUUCGUCGAGCACAUGGCGAAAGAUGCCUUGACCUGGUUCUCUAACCUCCCCGCCGAGUCGAUCGAUAACUUCGACGACCUAACCAAUGCUUUUCUGAAGCAUUACUCCAUGCACAUGACCCGAAUCACUCGGAACAUCGUCCCGCUGGAAGCACUCCGCAACGGCCUCUGGUACGACUCCAAGUUUAAGGAGGAUUUGUCACUAAAACCCCCUGCGACUCUGGAGGACGCGUUCCACCGCUCUCGGAACUACAUCUUCCUCGAGGAAGACCAGCGCUUCUACGCCGAGAAGCAUGGAGAUAGGAGGGCAACCUCGUCGAAACCCAGAGAGAACCCAUGGAGGCACGAAGAAGACAAUCCAAAGAUCUCUCCUAACAGCGUUCGCAGCAGCCGACAACGAGCCCGAGCAGGAACCGCAUCACAUGGGCAACAGAUGUCGCGACGCCCGAUCUCGACGACUCUGACACGUUUUGCCGCCUCCACGGAACCGGUGACCACUCUACAAGAAACUGCCGACGCCUAA